AUGAGCAACAAAGAGCAAUUAACGAACAAGCGCCACUUCCUUCGCUCCCCUUCGUCUUGGAGCAGCCCCUCAUUUAGUAUGCAAGAAACAGCCAAAGAGCCCCAUUCAUCCUCUGAUUUCUCCAACUUCGAGACAGAGUCUGUGCAUCACACAGACAAGGAGAUUCAAGCAGAUCUGGAUCAUACCAGCAAUCUGGAAGGGUCUGACUAUUCUUACCAAGGAGGCAAUGCAGAGUUCAAGGAAAUGCAGGCAGGAAUUGAGUUUGCUGUGCAGAUAAUGCCAAUUAAGGAUCCCAAAAGGCACAGGGAAAAUCCGGACACUGCAAGGGACACCCCCGCCUCUUCCUACAUCCCUGAUGAUAUGACGGAGACCCUGGAAAACAAGAGCCAGGCAGAGCGCCUGGCCAACAGCACUCAGCGGGGGACCAGUGCUUUGCAGACCGGCGCGUACUCCCGGAUCGGCGUGGCCAGCAGUCUGGAAGGGAUGGGUCCCCUGAGCAGCCGGCAGAUCACGGCGGCGGAUCUUGACCUGGAGAAGCUGAGGCUGGAUGGUGCGAUGGCCAGGCUGAAGUACAGACACGAGGAUAAUGAAAAGCGGCGGCGGCACGAGGAGAAAAUGGAGCAGCUGCGUCAGCGGACGGUUGCACGAUCCAUUGGACAAGAGCUCCAUGAAUUACUCCAGCCCCAGAACCAGUAUGCCCUAUUUUUUUUCUGUUUCAUCUUUAUCCAUGUUAUCUACACAGUCAGGGAGCUGGCUUUCUAUUUUAUUAUGAAACACCACGUACUCUGCUUUGCCGUUUUGUUGUAUUUCGUUUUCAAGAAGAUUUUCCUGUGCUACCGAAAUAGGAAAAACUCACCACAAAACAACUGCCGACUCUAG